GUGUACCCCGUUUUAUGCUACAGCGAUCGAGCAAACGUCCUCGGCCGACCUACCUCUACAAAGGCAUGUAAAAGCCGUUGCAUGUGGGCUGGUAGCUCAACAGGGAUACGCCUACCUAAGGGUGAUGACAACCCCUCGGGUAGAGAUAAGUGCGAGGCUGCUUUCAGACAUUUGAAGCAUGCGUUGACGUACUAUGAAGUCUUGAAACUUCCUGAUCCUGACAAGCCGUUUAUAGUCAUCACGGAUGCCAGCCAAUACGGCAUUGGUGCCGUUCUCGCACAACAAGAGGGGCCAAAGUUAAGGCCAGUAGAGUACAUGUCCAAGAAAAUGUCGUCUCAGAAGUUGGCUAAGUCCACUUAUGAGAAGGAACUCUACGCGGUGUACAAGGCUCUCACCCAUUGGAGACACUAUCUCCUUGGGAGGUUCUUCAUCCUAAGGAUUGAUCAUCAGACCCUGAGAUGGAUGAGAACCCAGUCGGUACUCUCUGACGCUCUCAAGCGUUGGAUUGAAGUCAUUGAUCAAUAUGACUUUGACCCUCCGUAUCUCAAAGGGGAGUACAACAAGGUUGUUGAUGCCUUGUCGCGCAGACCAGACUUCUCAGGUGCGCUGAUUACUGAGUUUGAUCUGAUGGACAAUGUUACUCAGUCUUUGGUGGAAGCCUAUCGCAAGGACCAGUUUACGUCUGAGAUCAUACGCAGACUUGAGGCGAAGGACAAAAAGACCUCCGCUGAGUUUGAGUUGGUCAAUGGCUUGCUGUUCCUAGAGAAGCCAGGGAAUAAACGUCUGUGUGUUCCAAAUAGCGAGUCUUUGCGUAGUUUGUAUUUAGGCGAGUGUCAUGAUGCCACCGUCAAUUUUCGGUAUAAGAAGACCGCAGCCAACUUGCUGCAUCGGUUCUCGUGGCCCACGAUGAUGCGAGAUGCUCAGCUGUACGUGGAGACUUGUCAAGUUUGCCAACGAGACAAGCCACGUACUCAGGUUCCUCUUGGGCUUCUGAAGCCCCUUCCGAUUCCGGAACGGCCUGGUGAGCAUAUGUCCAUGGAUUUCAUGGAUACUCUGAUCACCAACAAGAGUGGAAUGCAUCACAUCUUCGUCAUCGUGGAUAGAUUUAGUAAGUAUGCUAGGUUAAUAGCCAUGCCGGAAACAGCAAAGACGGAGUACGUGAUUAGAAUGUUCAAAGAGAACUGGGUCAAGGACUUUGGUCUACCGAAGUCCAUUGUUAGUGAUAGAGAUGUCCAGUUCACCAGUGAGUUGUGGAAGGCUGCUGUUGCAGAACAGGGAACUCAGUUACAGAUGACUUCUGGGAAUCACCCAGAGGCCAACGGUCAGGCUGAGCAACUGAACCGCGCUGUGCAACACCUAUUGAGGCAUUACAUCAAGCCCAAUCAGGUGGACUCGAAUGAGAAGUCUGCUCUCAUUGCCAACUUGUACAACAACGUUGUACACAGCGCCACCGGGGUGAGCCCAAACAGCUUACUACUAACAUUCAAGCCUAGAUUACCCCUAGACUUUCUUCUUCCUGAGAAUCAAACCACUGCUGCACCAGGUACCCUGGAAUUUACUUACCGCUAUGAACAGAAGAUGCAGCAGGUUGUAGAACAAAUGCAGAAGGCGCAGGCUGCAAUGAUAGAGUCUGAAAAUCGACACCGUCGGCCUUCUACAUUUCAGGUUGGGGAUAGGGUCUGGGUUAAGGCGUCAGAACUGGGACAGGGGCACGGGAUCUCCCGCAAACUCAUGCCCCAGUACUUUGGACCCUGGGAAGUCUUGGAUAUCGUUGGGACGGAUCCGGAUGGGACAUCCUAUGUUAUCCGAAUACCUGGUCAUCUCCGUACUUACACUGUCUUCCACGCCUCCAAACUGGCACCUUUCAAAAAGACUGAUCAAUUUUCAUCUCGUCGCUCAAUGCUGCCCCCAACCAUGGAUGGAGAGGCGGACAUCGAUGAUAUCGUGGAUCACAGGGAACUGCCGGUAUCAAGACCAGCAGGUCGGGGACGUCCUCCAAAACCGAAGUUGCAGUAUCGCGUUCGGUUCCGGCAUCACACUGAUCCGAAGGAGGACAGAUGAUUGAGAAAAAGAUUAUGAAUAAUGGAAAAUU